UACUCAAUCGCAUCGAGUCCGCGACCCCAAUCAGUCUCCGUUCAGGCUCCGCCCCUAAACCCGAAUCCCGCCCCAUCAGGCUCUCGAGCCCUCGCGGGACUUGAGCUCCGAGAAGCGACGUGUUCGCGCGAGAAAGCAUGUUUUUGGCCUGGGGGAGACUCUGCACCCUUAGCAGUAGACCUGAAUUCCUGAAGACAGUUUGUGCUUCAAAAAUCCUUGGACUCUCUACUUCUGCUAAAAUGUCUUUGAAAUUCAAAAAUGCAAAACGAAUUGAAGGCCUUGAUAGCAAUGUAUGGACUGAAUUUACCAAACUGGCUGCAGACCCCUCUGUUGUGAAUCUUGGCCAAGGCCUUCCAGAUAUAUCCCCUCCGGUAUAUGUAAAGGAAGAGUUAUCCAAGAUUGCAGCAAUUGAUAAUCUGAAUCAGUACACAAGGGGCUUUGGUCAUCCAUCACUUGUUAAAGCUCUGUCCUGCCUGUAUGAAAAGUUUUAUCAAAAUCAAAUCAAUCCAAAUGAAGAAAUCCUCGUGACUGUAGGAGCAUAUGGAUCUCUUUUUAAUGCCAUUCAAGGAUUGAUUGAUGAGGGGGAUGAAGUCAUAGUGAUAGUGCCUUUCUAUGACUGCUAUGAGCCCAUGGUGAGAAUGGCUGGAGCAACGCCUGUUUUUGUUCCCCUGAGAUGUAAACCUGUUGAUGGGAAAAAAUGCUCUAGUUCUGACUGGACCUUAGAUCCUCAAGAACUGGCAAGCAAAUUUAAUUCCAAAACCAAAGCUAUAAUACUAAAUACUCCACAUAACCCACUUGGCAAGGUGUAUACCAAAGAGGAACUCCAAGUAAUUGCCGACCUUUGCAUCAAAUAUGACACACUCUGCAUCAGUGAUGAGGUUUAUGAAUGGCUUGUAUAUACUGGAAAUAAGCAUUUUAAAAUAGCCACUUUCCCAGGUAUGUGGGAGAGAACAAUAACCAUAGGAAGUGCUGGAAAGACUUUCAGUGUAACUGGCUGGAAGCUUGGCUGGUCCAUUGGUCCUAAACAUUUGAUAAAACAUUUACAGACAGUUCAGCAAAACACUGUUUAUACUUGUGCAACCCCUCUACAGGAAGCCUUGGCUCAAGCUCUCUGGAUUGACAUCAAGCGCAUGGAUGACCCAGAAUGUUACUUCAAUUCUUUGCCAAAAGAGUUAGAAGUAAAAAGAGAUCGGAUGGUACAUUUACUUGAAAGUGUUGGCCUAAAACCCAUAGUUCCUGAUGGGGGAUACUUCAUCAUUGCUGACGUGUCUUUGCUAGAUGUAGACCUCUUCGAUAUGAAGGACAGCAAUGAACCUUAUGACUAUAAAUUCGUGAAAUGGAUGAUUAAAAAUAAGAAACUGUCAGCCAUCCCAGUUUCAGCAUUCUGUAAUGCAGAGACCAAAUUACAGUUUGAGAAAUUUGUGCGAUUUUGCUUCAUUAAAAAGGACAGUACAUUGGAUGCUGCUGAAGAAAUCAUCAAGGCGUGGAGUAGACAGAACUCUUGAUACAUACAGAGUGUGUUGUUUCUAUUCAGUGACCUAAUGUAAAAUUACUUGGUGCUGCCACUUGCUGGAUAUUGAAAAGAAAAUCUUUCAAUACAAAUAAAAUUUAAAGGAACAUUUCCAUUGGUAAUCUCAC